AUGAAAGCGCAGGGACCAAAAGCGAUUGUUUUCACCGAUUGGGAUGGAACUGUAACUUUGCAAGAUUCUAACGAUUACAUGACAGAUACACUAGGGUUUGGAUUGAAGAAAAGAAAGGAUGUCGCCCAAUUGAUGCUUAAUGAAAAACUAUCCUUUAGGGAUGGAUUUCGUGAAAUGUUACAGUCAAUCACAGACAACCAUCAUAGCUUAGAGGAUUGUAUUAAAGUACUACUUAAAAAUAUUCAUAUUGACCCUGGCUUUAAAAGUUUCUUGGAAUGGUGCCGUUCAAACAAUAUUCCGUUGUACGUGAUUUCUUCUGGAAUGAAACCAAUUAUAAAUGCCUUAUUAAAAAACUACAUGGGUGAGAAGGAUGAAAGCUAUAUCAGCAUUAUAGCAAACGAUGCAAAAACAGACCCUAAUGAUAAAUAUAAGUGGGAGAUAGUUUAUCGGGACGAAACACCAUUCGGUCAUGACAAAUCACGCUCUAUCAACAAGAUUCUUUCCAGUUACAAAGGAUCGAAGCCAAUGGUUUUUUACUGUGGUGAUGGAAUAUCAGAUCUCUCAGCAUCAAAAUGUUGUGAUGUAUUGUUUGCUCGUAGUGGAGAAAAUUUGGUCACUUACUGCAACAGACAAAACAUUCCUUACGAAGAGUUUAGUACAUUCAAUGAUAUCAAGAAAAAGAUAUCGGAAACUAUGGAAGAACUAAACUGA